AUGGAAGCUAUCAAAGUAACUUAUAACAAUACCACACAUCAAGUUACGCUUUCUAGCAAAACAAAUUGGGAUUCCCUUAAGUCUCAAUUAUGUGAUCUAUUCAAAAUCCCGUACGAAAAUUCUAUUUCGUUGUCUUACACAGAUCAUAAUGGUGAUACUAAAGCUUUUUCCAGUGACUCCGAAUUCGGGAAAAUUCCAUCUGAUCAAAUAUCAAAUAUGGAGUUUAUAUUAUCAGAUGAAGAUUUAGUCAGUAGUUGGGUCCUUGAAGGUUAUUCAGAAAAUAAAGAAACAAUUGGUGAUAGUUUAGACAAUAAGAAUACACAACUCGAAGGUAUAUCUGGACAAGCUUCUACCAAACAACCAAUUGUUACUUUAUUUAAUAAUUUUGAGAAUACAUCCAGCACAAGUAAAAUUGAUAGUGAUGAAAUCAUUCAAGAGUUUUUCAAUGUAUGGUUACAAUCUUCUUGCGGGUAUAAUACUCGCUUGGGCUCAUUCAAACGCCAUUUGUAUUUAAUCUUUGGAGAUCGUAGAACAUACGCAUACAUAUACAUUUCUCCGCAAUAUAAUCAAGCCACUGUAGGUGCACAAUAUUGCGAUUACAUUGUCAGACCACGAAAAUAUCUGGCAAUGAAUGUUUUUAAUGAAAUCAAAAAUACGAUGAAGAAAUUAUUCAAUAGCACAAAAGGAAUGAAAGGAAUGAAAAGACUGAUCAUUUUGAUGUUGUCCUUCCUUACACUUGUUAAAUUAAUAUCUAUUACACUCUAUAUUACAAAAAUCGGAUUAACAUGGGUUGGAUUUUUUACAGUUAUUGGAUAUAUUAAAAACAAUUAUUCAGAUGUAACUGAUCAAGAAGAAUCUACUAAAGAACAAAAAGAUGAGAAUAUAGGAAUUUCACCUAAGAAUGCGAUAGAGUUUGGAAAACGAUGUUAUGGUGACAUGAAGCAAGUUAUUGAAGAACUAUUAGAAUAA